CUUAUUCUUCUCUAAAUAAUUCUUCUCUUGAGCUCAUUGAUUUACAAAAGGACAUUCUUCUUCUCCUUUCGUUGUUCUUAAUCUCUCAUUUGUAGCGUGGUUCUGUUGAUAGCUUUUGCUUUGUUUUUGUUGAUUUUGAAGCUUAAUUGGGAUUACUUAAAUUACUGGGUCUUGCGUUUUAUAUCGACCCGUUUCAAUUUUUGCCCCCGUUUUGUUCGAAUCCAUCGGUUUUGUAGUUGAUUUGAACCAUUUAAGGUCUUCUUGCAGUUAAAUCCAAGAAGUUUGAGCUGUUCCCGAAACAGUCAAUAAGUUUCAAUCAUUACUUGAAGAGCUAAAGAAUUAGAAGAUGACGAUUGGAAGUCUUAAACCAGCAAAAGAGAAGAAAUCUCGAAAGGGCAAGCAGGUUGUUGAUGAGAAAGCCCCUCUCUUACCCAGUAAGCAAGAGGAAGAUGGUGGGUUUGAUGAGUUCAAUGGGGCUUCAUUUGGUGGGGCAGUGUUCAAUUUGUCCACCACAAUUGUUGGUGCAGGAAUCAUGGCCUUGCCCGCAACUAUGAAAGUGUUGGGUCUUGUUCUUGGAAUUGCUUUGAUCAUCUUCAUGGCAUUUCUAACAGAGGCUUCAAUUGAGUUGUUGAUCAGGUUUAGUAGAGCUGGCAAAACGGUUUCUUAUGGAGGUGUAAUGGGUGAAGCUUUUGGCAAGUAUGGCAGAAUGUUGCUGCAAAUAUGUAUUUUGGUCAACAAUGUUGGUGUUCUUGUUGUGUACAUGAUCAUUAUUGGUAAGAUUUAA